AUGGCGAGCCCCCUUCCUCGUCUGAUGAACGGGAGGAACCGCGGCUGCCCCUCUUGCGGCCUCAGCCAACGCCCCUCCUCCAGGGCGGAGCGUGUCAGGGCCGCUGUCGCCCCGCCGGCCGGCAAGGGAAAGGAGCCUGCUUGGCCACGUCCUCGACGCCGCCGACGCCAGGCGCGCGCGUCCGGCUUCAUGGCCGACGCCCGGCGUGCGGGCACCGGGCCGUCGCCCCAGUCUCCGGUCGCGCAACCCCAACAGCAUGCACGCCUGCGCUCCGUCGUGGUCCACCCUCCCCGCGCCACCUUCGAGGCCGACGAGGACGGCUUCCACGUCGUUGAGAGUCGACUGUCGAUUCCCAUCGCGCUGCCUCCGCUGCCGUGGCACCAGCCACCGCGCCCGCAUGUGCAAGCGUGCGCGCUCUCCAUGCUCGGACAACGUCGAGGUUUAGGGCCGCACAAGGUCACGCCUUCAGCGGCCAAGGUCUCGCCCGCCUGUGGCAGAGGUCCCGGAGGACACCGACUUUGCGCACUCCGUGUCCACUGGGAGGGAGACGUCGGUGCCUCCGGGUUGUGGUCCGUCGCCACCAGAGACACCCGUGCCACCCAACGCACCAUUGCCGCCACCGCGCCCAAGCCCGCCGCCAGGCGACCUAGCAUGCGUCCCCGCACGGGGAUCGUCAUCAUCCCGCGCAGCCAGGAGGUCAACUCGGCAGAGGCGGAACUCUCCCUAGCGCUCGUCGCGAUCGUUGGUCGCAACCGCCCCAUGGUGUCCGCCGCUGAUGUCCGAGCUCUGCUUGAGGGGUUCUACCACCUAGCCCCAGAUGAGUUCUCCGUCAGCACCUAUCCCCCAGAAGACUUCCUGGUGCGGUUCCGGUCUGCCCAAGCUCGCGAUGGCGUGCUCCACGCCCCCCACCCACAGGGCACGCGGUUCGUCCUUCUGUGGCGGCCAUGGCGGCGUCAAGCAUGGGCUUCCGCCGGGUCCUUUCGCUUUUGCGUGUUGCUCGGCAUGCGGGGGAUCCCGUCGCACCUGUGGAAUGUCGCCGCGGCACAGCAAAUCCUCGGUCCUGCCUGCGCGGGACUGGAGCCUGCCCAAGCGACUGCAAGCCAGGAGAACAUGUCGGAGUACACUUCAUCACCGCUUGUCCGAGCUCCAGGCCCUCCGAUACCUGGUCCGUAUCCUAUCAUACAGGGCCAUGAUUGGCGUACACCUCCGUCAACCUCUGAUGACGAGCCGGUCGGGGACACUGAUCACAGCAACGACCACGGUAGCUUUGACGGUGGUGAUCGCGGACGCCCGACGCGGCAGCCCCGCCGCUUCGGAGAUGGUGGCGGCGGUGGCGCAAGUGCAUCCGGCGGCGCUGCCAACGACGAGCCACGACUGGGACCAGGCUGGGGGCCCACAUUCUGGUCCGCCCAGUCCCUGAUCGUUGGAAGAUUCCCAUGCCCGGUGCGCGGGACAGCUGGAGGCUGGUCCUUUGGUCGCAAAGCAAAAGGAUCCCAAUCCUCUACGCCGGCGAUGACGCUGGUUACUGACGACGCCAAGCCCUUUCCAGUGGUGAAAGAAGCACCCGAGGCAGACCAACUCAAAUUCGAAUUCCAAGUUCAUCAGGACCGGUCAUCCCCGCUAACAUGGAUCGACCCGCUGUCCAUCACCGCUGAAGCCACGCGUCCACUUCCGCAGGCCACGCCGCAAUCUGCGGGCUUGCGGACAUCACCAAGCAGGGCGGCAGAGUGGGUGGCCAUGGACCACGACGCGCAAGACUAG